UUGCCAAUUAGUGCCCAACCCACCCGUGAACGGAAUGUAGCUGAAGAAUACAUCAAUUUUAUUACAGAGAAAGCAGUUCCUAAAGCCAUGACACUGGAACAAAUAUCCAAAGCGACUCAAGAUGAUGUUAUCUUGCAACGGGUUCAGCAAUGUUUAUUGCACAACCAUUGGCCAGACACCCUGACCUUCAGCGGUUUGCCAAAGUGCGAGAUGAGCUGUCAGUAAGCCAAGGCUUGCUGCUUCGAGGAACUCGUAUUGUCAUGCCUAAAUGCCUGCGCCACCAAAACCUUUCCUUGACUCACGAAGGCCACCACUGUGCGCACUAAACAACUCCUCCAUCAGAAGGUGUGGUAGCCAGGAAUCGAUGCUGAAGCAGAGACCCUCGUCAAGACAUGCCUACCCUGUCAGUCCACCAUGCCGCCAACUGUACCCGAACCGCUUCGUCCUUCGACCAUGCCUUCCAAACCAUGGCAGUCCAUUCAUAUUGACCUCUGUGGCCCCUUCCCUUUGGGAGAAAGCCUGCUAGUGUGUGUUGAUGCCUGCUCACGGUGGCCAGAAGUGGAGAUUGUCCGAGCCACAUCAUCAGAAGUUAUCAUUCGCCGUCUACAGAAGAUUUUUGCAACACAUGGGCUUCCUGAGCAAGUCACCUCUGAUAACGGUUCCAAUUUAGUCUCUAGAGAGAUCGAGGACUUCUUCUCUUCCCAUGGUAUAUACCACCGCAAAGUCACCUCAUAUUGGCCCCAGGCUAAUGCCACCGUUGAAAGAUUCAAUCGUACAGUGGAGAAGGCCAUCCGCACCGCACAUGUCGAUGGGAGAGAUUGGAGAAAGGCGUUGGAUACCUUCCUUUUGAACUAUAGAGCUACCCCUCAUGCAAUGACUGGAGUUUCUCCUGCCAAAAUCAUGUUUGGACGCGAGAUUCGGACAAAGGUGCCUGAGAUAAGUAAAUCAGAGAAAUCAGAAACCCUGGGUAGUGCCCUUGCUCGUGACAAGAGAAACAAAGAGAAAAUGCAGCAGUGCAGUGAUAACAAGAAUCGAUCCACUCCUUCAACGGUCUCAGAAGGGGAUAUGGUGCUACUCAAACAGCCUAAGAGCAAUAAGUUGUCAACAUCCUUUGAUCCCAAUGGUUAUCGCGUGGUUAAACGGCAUGGAAGUAGUGUUCUUCUGCAGCGAGUAAACGCGCCAGCUAUCAUGCGUAAUGUCUCAUUGACUACGAAAAUUGAAAAUGCCGGUGUCGAACAGUUUACGGAAAGCUCCGACGAAGAGGACGAGAUUGAAGGGCAACCAGUAACAGCCGAGCCUGCAGUCACUGUAAACACACGACCUGCAAUGAUGCGUAGACCUCCAGUUAGAAUGCAGGACUUUAUAACAUAAACAAUUGGACUUCGUGUUAUAUACAAGCGAACUGGGUUUGACAUUAGUUAUGACAUUUAAAAUUGUGUUUUGUUCCUUUAAUUAAUACAAAGGGAGAGACAUAGUGUCCAGCGGUGGACACGUGACUUUGAGAUGGCGGGAAAAGCUUGCAUGUGGACUUAGUGAAUAUAUUAUAUGCAUGGCAGAUUUUGUAGUUACAAGUACACGUUUAGAGAAAUAAAAGAAUAUAAU